AUGUCGCAGGGCGGCUUUCAAUCUAUGGCCUCGCAUCAGCAUGUCGACUCCGAUUUGGCGUCGGCCCGGAAACGCAUCAUCCUCUGUUGCGAUGGCACGUGGCAGUCGGCCGUGUCGGGAAAGAAGAACUGCCCGUCCAAUGUGACGCUGAUUUGUCGUUCUCUCAACCCGGUCGGCACCGACAAAGACGGCGAAUGGCAGCAGGUUGUCUGGUACGACUCGGGCGUGGGAACGACCUCAGGGGGCCUGGGUCCGCUCAUCGAGGGUUCCCUGGGCCGCGGACUCGAGGGAAACGUGCUCGAGGCCUAUAACUUCUGUGUGCUUAACUGGACACCCGGCGAUCAGAUCCUGUGCUUUGGCUUCUCGCGCGGCGCGUACACGGCGCGUAGCAUCGCGGGGCUGAUCGCCGACCUGGGCAUCUGUACUAAGGAUAAACUUCAUGAGUUCCCCGAAUUGUUCCAGCUGUACAAGGACAAGAGCAAGCCCGGGAAGCGCUUCUACGGUAGCUCCGACUAUAUCCAGUGGAUGGAACACCGCGUCCCCGCCGACAAUACUACCACCCACGGCGGCUGGGUCCAGUAUAACUCACGCCAGGUAGAGGUUGUUGGCGUCUUCGACACGGUCGGGGCCAUCGGUGUACCCUCGGUGCAUGGCUAUGAACUAAAAAUAGCCAGCUGGUGGAAGGAGGAGUGGCACAACGUGACCCUCUCGCGCAAUAUUCGGAACGCCUUCCAAGCCCUCGCGAUUGACGAACACCGCCGGGCCUUCUCCCCCUCAGUCUUCUACAUUCCGCCAGAAGGCAAAUCCGUGGAGAUAGAUGAUAUCAAUUUGCAGAAUCAGGUAGUGGCAAAGGCCAAGAACGAAUGGCAGGCUCUAGUGACAGAUAAGACGGCCACCCCGGAUAGCGUCCAGAAGAAGCUCGCGGCGUACAUGGACGCCCGGGGUGAAUUGGAGAGACUGAAGGAAGCUUUAUUGCCCCCUUCGAAACUGAUUCAGGUGUGGUUCCCGGGCUACCAUAUUAACGUGGGUGGCGGAUCCAGUGAGACCCUCAAAGGCAAGGGCGACAUGGAAGAGAUGUCUAGCAUCGCCCUGGCGUGGAUGCUCGAUCAGAUCAAGGAUUUUGUCUCCAUCGACUACAGUGCCUUGCAACGGCACCGGUCCAGCCGAGAGAUGGAAUUGGAACGGCUCAACAAGGAAGUGAAGGCGUACAACUUCCGGCAGAAGGCGCAAGAUGCGCUCGCCAAGGAUUCCUGGGGCAGUUGGCUGUACAUGAAGGCCAAUUCGGCAAUGGCUAUGGCGGGAUACUCGCUCACGGGCGACAAGAAGCCCCCGUUUGAAACCGAGUACAAAUGGGGCUGGGGCGGCACCCACAAGAUGGACGAUAGCUACACGCUCAAGUACCGCUUCAACGGGUCCGAAGCCCGCACGCCACUCAGGUACGCCCUCGACCCGACGGAUAAGACUGAGCAGCGCACACUGGGCGACACUUAUGAGUUUGUCCAUCCGACGGUGGGCUUCCGCGUCAAGCACUUCAAGGGAUACCUGCCCAUGGGGCUCACUCCCGGUCCGAACCUCGCCCCGGAUGCGUACCAGCGACGACUAUCCACCUCAGGGAAAUGGAAGGGGAAGUAUGAGUACGUGCUGAACGGCCGCGUGUUGCCGGAGUGGGAGAUGGAGGAGAACAAGUACUCGCACGAACGGGCCGUCAUCGCCGGGAAGACGGCAUGGGAUUAUGUCGACAACGAGAUCGAGAAGGUCGUCCAUCCGGGGUUCCAGACGCCGCGGUAUCCGAGGUGGAGCUAUCCGUCCGAGCACGAUGCCUCUGUCCGGCCUGAGGGCAAGCCUGAUCCCUCUGGAGGAGAUUCGGACGACGAUGAAGACUAG